GUCUUUUUCACAGGGACUAAGUGUGUUAACAUGGCCAGGACCAAGCAGACUGCUCGUAAGUCUACUGGUGGCAAAGCUCCCCGUAAGCAGCUGGCUACCAAAGCUGCCCGGAAGAGCGCGCCUGCCACUGGGGGAGUGAAGAAACCCCAUCGUUACCGACCCGGCACUGUAGCCCUGCGAGAGAUCCGCCGCUACCAGAAAUCUACUGAGUUGCUCAUCCGCAAAUUGCCCUUCCAGCGCCUGGUCCGCGAAAUCGCCCAGGAUUUCAAGACCGAUUUGCGCUUCCAGAGCUCGGCCGUUAUGGCCCUACAGGAGGCCAGCGAAGCCUACUUGGUGGGGCUCUUUGAAGAUACUAACCUGUGUGCUAUUCACGCCAAGAGAGUCACCAUCAUGCCCAAGGACAUCCAGUUAGCCCGGCGUAUCCGUGGCGAGAGAGCUUAAAGGCUGCAGAUUCUAGUAACAAAAAGUACUCCAAA